AUGGCUCCCUCGCGCCAAUGGCUGCGCAGCCUCCGGGCAACAAGCAUCCACCCUUGUCCCAGGAGCCUCACCCUGUCCAGAGCAGCAAAAGCGUCGCUCCCCCGUGGGCCCCGGGCAAACCUGUCGACGUCUCGGCCCCGCGCAAACAAGCAGCCCGUAGACGACCCCGAGUUCGUCUCCAUACUCGACGCGCCUCCCCAGAUCGUCCGCGCCGGCCGCAGACACGGCCCAGGAAUCAUCCUGCUCGCCCUCAUCCCCAUCACCGCCUUCGCCCUCGGCUCGUGGCAAGUCCAGCGCCUCGGCUGGAAGACAGAGUUGGUCGCAAAGCUCGAGAACCGCCUCGUCCGUGACCCCCUUCCCCUCCCGCCCCGCGUCGAUCCGGCCGUUAUUCACGACUUCAACUACCGCCGCGUCUUGGCCACCGGUCGCUUUCGACACGACCAGGAGAUGCUUAUUGGACCGCGCAUGCGCGACGGUCAGGACGGCUACAUGGUCGUGACGCCGCUGGAGCGCGACGGCGCGUCCACCAUCCUGGUCAACCGCGGUUGGAUCAACAAGGCACAUCGCAACCAGAGUACGCGCCCGGAUUCGCUGCCGCGGGGCCAGGUUACCGUUGAGGGGCUUUUACGCGAGCCGUGGAAGAAGAACAUGUUUACGCCGCACAACAGGCCCGAAAAGGGCGAGUUUUAUUUUCCCGACGUGGAGCAGAUGGCUGCUCUGACUGGCAGUCAACCUGUCUGGGUCGAAGCCACCAUGGAGCCCGAGUUCAUGAGAAUGAUGGACUAUGCAGCCCGCGGCAUUCCCUUUGGACGAGCCGCCGAGGUGAAUCUGAGGAACAACCAUGCACAGUACAUCUUCACAUGGUAUGGCCUGUGCUUGGCCACGUCCAUCAUGCUGUACAUGGUCGUCAAGAAGCCUGCCUCGGGCAUCGUCCGCCGCGUGCAGGCUAGCAAAAGUAGCUAG